AUGGCUUGUUCUUCCACCCGUUUGGGUGGACGUGCCCCUGUAGAAAGCCUGGGCGAGGCACCAAACACCAACUCAGCGGGGCAGCGCGGCAACGCGACAAAUAAACCACCGCCGCCCGGCACCGAGAACGCAGGCAAGCCCGGUUACUACACCGUCCAACCUGGGGAUACGCUUUUUCGCGUAGGUCGGGAGAAUGGACAAAACUGGGCCACCAUUGCGCGUUGGAAUAAUUUAUCUGAGCCCUACACGAUUGAAGUGGGACAAGUCUUGCGGGUGGUGCCCCCUACGGGCGAGUCUUCGACUGCCGUGACGCAGCCGGUCAACAAACCAUCAGUGAGCACCGACGGCAAAGCGACCCCGAGACCGACGACCGGUUCAGAAACCACUGAAACGUCACCCACCCCCAGCGCAAAACCAGCAGAAGAUAAAGUUGUUUGGGCCUGGCCAGCAUCUGGCCCCAUACUCAAAAAUUUUGAUGAAAUCCAUAAUAAGGGCCUGGAUAUUUCAGGCAAGAUGGGAGACCCCAUCAACGCGGCCGCUGAUGGCUCAGUCGUAUAUGCAAGCUCAGGCUUGCGGGGCUACGGCAAUUUGAUUAUCCUCAAGCACAGCAGCACUUUGCUCUCAGCCUACGCACACAAUGAAACCCUUUUGGUAAAGGAGAACCAAAAGGUCAAGCGCGGGCAGAAAAUUGCCGAAAUGGGCAAAAGCGAUGCAGAUCGCGUGAAAUUGCACUUUGAAAUUCGCCGCUCGGGUAAACCCGUUGAUCCUAUGCGCUACUUGCCCUCGCGGUAA